CUCUCGAUUCGUAAGCUCCAACUUUAAUUGCGAGCAUCCGUAAAGGCCUAGUGUCGAAAGACCGCGCGCGCACUUUAGUACCGCACUGCCGCCAGUCAGCCGUCUACCGAUCGGCUUGGACCCCGGCAAGGCCGUCGUGUCGCGUCGCGCGCGCGUGUCCAUCAGUCAGCGUUCGCGCACGAAUGUGACGGUACGGUUGGGUCGGUCGUCGUGGCGGGUUUUUACUCGGCGCCGCGCUCACGAGUCCGAGCUCGAGAGCCUGAGCUGACGUUUCCGCGCGAAGCGAGAGGAAGGAGAUCAAACGGCUCCGCUCCUUUCCUUCUUUUUCUCUCCCUUUCUCUCUCUCUCUCUCUCUCUUUAUCUCUCCUUUUUCUCUUUGUCUCUCUUUGUUCUCUUGUCUUUUUUCCUUCUUUCUCGUCAGUCUACGAGGACACGGGUAACUCGAAAGCAUACAGCCAGGCAUACAUCCGCGACGACAGGGGCUGUGACCUGCUUCCGCGCUCUAUCCUCGCUGACAGUCCGACUGGCGGACGAACCGAAGCUGAAUGAGGCUGAUGGAACCCUUGGGUAUCGCCCAGGACAUCGUGGAGCCGGCUGCGUUAAAACGAUGGGCCGACUAUCCCAUCCAGCAUCGAUUCACGGAUUAUUCCGAAUCGAUCAGAGAGACGGCACAUCACGCUAUAAGCCCCUUUCCUUGUCAACCGUCGCUUAACAACAAACUCGCACUAUGGACUGGAGAUAUCUCAAUACUACAAGUAGACGCGAUAGUGAAUCCUACCAACGAAACGAUGGACGAUAAUAGUCCUAUGUGCCAAAGAAUAUUUAGCCGAGCUGGUUCUGCGCUUAAAAUAGAAAUAUAUAAUGAAGUAAAAGAAUGCAGAACUGGCGAAGUGAGAGUGACACAGGGUCAUGGAUUACCUGCUCGUUUUAUUAUUCAUACUGUUGGACCAGUUUAUAAUGUCAAGUAUCAAACAGCUGCGCAAAACACAUUACAUUGUUGCUAUAGAAACGUCUUACAAAAGGCAAAAGAACUGGGAUUGCGUACCAUUGCUUUACCAGUAAUAAAUUCAGUGCGAAGAAAUUAUCCACCAGAUGCAGGAGCGCAUAUAGCUCUUAGAACCGUACGCAGAUUCAUGGAACAAUAUAGCGAUUCGUUAACAUGUAUUAUAUUUGUACUGGAGCCUUGCGACCUUGGAAUAUACGAAAUUCUUCUGCCACUUUAUUUUCCUCGAAAUCUGGCAGAACAGGAUAACGCUUGCUGGCAAUUGCCGAAUGAUAUUGGUGGAACGGACGGGGAACCUCUACUCCCAGAUAGACAAAUCAGAAUUAUUGACAAUCCUCAGCACACUUUGCACGGCGAUGAAACGGUGGAGCUUUCAGCACAAUUGGAGACUUCUGUAAAUAUUGGUGAACACGCCUUUGCACAAAUGCAAGGUGAUUUAGAUCGCCAGAGACUUCUGGGAGAGAGACCUCCUGCCGACCCACUAGCAGAUAUUAUGCUCAAGCAAAUGCAACAAAAAGAAAGGUACGAAAGGCUCCUCAGGAGGGCGAAGACGGAGGACUUGACCGAGGUCUCGGGAAUUGGUUGUCUCUACCAGAGCGGCGUGGACCGACAAGGUCGACCGGUCGUGGUUUUCGUCGGCAAAUGGUUCCCCGCCUCGAAAAUCAAUCUAGAUAAGGCCAUGCUAUACCUGAUACAACUGUUGGAUCCUAUCGUGAAAGGUGACUACGUUAUCGCAUAUUUCCACACCCUUACAGCCAGUAGCAAUUACCCCAGUUUCCACUGGCUGCGCGAAGUCUACAAUGUGCUUCCCUACAAAUAUAAGAAGAAUCUAAAACAUUUCUACAUUGUUCAUCCUACCUUCUGGACAAAGAUGAUGACGUGGUGGUUCACAACCUUCAUGGCACCAGCCAUUAAACAGAAGGUUCACAAUCUGCCCGGCGUGGAAUAUCUUUAUGAAGUUAUGCCGCCUGAUCAACUUGAGAUUCCAGCAUACAUCACGGAAUACGAUAUGACGAUAAAUGGCCUGAGGUAUUAUCAACCGGAACAAGUCUCAUCAUCGCCAUCAACGUCCACGUAACUCGCAGAAAAUCGUGAUGAAAGCAGCGAAGCGUCAAGAUCGAGGCCGGAUCGAAUAUUCCGCGCGUUCUUACGGUUGACUGUUCAUAUUAUUACAGUGACAUCGGUGCGACAUUUAAGCGUGAGAGCCAUACGUAUGAGAUUCGUGAUUGCCGGUAUAUCUCGCCGACUCUCGGCAAUGAUAAGGCGAAGAGCACGACGUUGUCUGGAUACGGUAAUCCGCGUUUUCGAAAAGAUAAUCCGUCUCCGCAAUAGUACCCCAAAGUCGAUUUGUCCAAGUGCCUCGUGAUGGAUCGCUUAUUACCAGGAGAAAGGACAAAAAGGACGAUCGGCCCCCGCGCGAAUAUUGAUACGAAUAUUAAUAUAAAAUCAAGAAACCACUGCCCGCCUGCUUUUGACGUUGAUCGGUUCUUUUUACUCGUAUAUGCAUGCUGGUUUUACGUCCCCAAGUAAGUACGGAGAUAUAAAACUUGGUACUGGACAAUCCGCGUUAAGAUAGAUAAUCUCGAGAAAACUGGACCGACCAUGUGUACGUUACUGGAGGUGUACUGCUAAACAGCGUAUCCACCUCAUUCAGUAAUAGAGCUAACAAAUUACUAUUCGCUUAGAGCGAACAUCGGCUGCCAAAACAUCAAUAAUCAGUAUUUUCAUCAUCGUCGUCAUCGUCGUCAUCGUCGCUCGCAAACGAAAUCCGAAAGAUGAUUUAUUAAUCUUGCCCUUGUAUAUAUUGCGUAAUUCGUGGCAGAUUCUUAGCUUAGUACUGCCUGCGAAAACAGUAGAAUGGAUAAAGAAUGGUAUUUGACGACGCAUUAGAGUUAAACGUUGGCUUAAUACAGACCGUCGAUCGCUUUCUGUUAUUUUCUUAUAUCAAUCGUUAAAGAGUGCGAUUUGAUUAUUGUAUAUUGUCAAUAUUUUAUUAAGUCAUAUCGUUGAUAAAGAGAUCGUGCUGCGCUGCCGCCGUCGCCGCCGUCGUAUAGCCACGGUAUUUUCGAUAUACUAAUAAUAAAUCAUCUCUCUCUCUGCUACGAACAAAGAGCGGCUGGAUGUUUUACUGUGAUGUCAUGUCUUCGACGCUCAGCAGAUUUGAUUUAUUUUCAAACUCGGUCUUCUGUCUUACGGAGACGUCAACGCGAAAUACGAAACAGCGCUCGCGGAAUGUUAAUGUUGAGCGUCGAAGUCGUACGUACGGGACAGUCCUAGAUUAGAAAAAGCAAUAAAUUUAAGAGCUUGCUCGCGAUGUAUUUUGGGAGGCAAAAAAAAAUCGUUAUCCCAGUUGUUAAGCAUUUUUAGAAGUUAAAAGAUAUAAAUUAAAGAAGUUAAAGAAAAAAAGACCUGUUAAUCGCGUCGAUUAACCCAUUUCUCACGUUCGCCAAAUAUCAUGAGUACGCCCUCUUCCCCCUCGCGAUAAAAUAUAGCGCCCUUCUCCCCGUCUCCUUUUUUUUUGAUCUUUCGUCGAUUAAUUUUUAAGGCGAUAAAACGAAAAACGAUUCCGCGGACAUGCUGAGAAGAUGCAAUGGGUUAAUUGAUCAUGCUACCUCCGCCGAAAAUACGAUCGUCCGUGUGAUCGAAUGUAUAAGCGUUUAUACGGAUCGAGAUUUAAACCGUUAUGAAAUUUAAAAAAAAAAGUGCUAUUCAUAAUCGUUGACUGCAUUCAGAAAGCACAACCAAAUAGUACGAUCUAUAUAUAGAAAUAGUUGAGUUUUGUGAAUAUUGUUCGCAAAGACGAAGUAGUAUUUUCUCAUGUUAUCGUAUCUACAUGUCUAUGUUUUGCAAAGAUUUCAAUACGAUUCGCAUUGCGAAUAAUCGGAAAAAGAUUAACCUCGAAUUAUUCGGAGGGGCCAAUGGUAUCACGGAAUGACACGAUAGAAAAGCUAUUUUCUGUUUUUAAUGACCUCACUGUCCGUCCCUGACAAUCGAGUUUAACAAGUAACAACAAGAUGCAACAUCAUUCGGAGAUCGUUGUUAUCUAUAUAUAUAUAUAUAUAUAUAUAUAUAUAUAUAUAUAUAUAUAUAUAUAUAUAUUUUAUAUUAGUGUCGUUAUCGUACUACAGUCGUUAUUUUAUCGUUUAAAAUUUUAUUAAAAAAGAAAUCUAUUCGAACAAAUCUUGAAAUUAAAAAAUGUUAAAAAUUAAUUUUAAAUAUGAAUAAUUAUUUGUUGUUAUUCGGAUGAUAUAUUGUUAUCUUUGAGACAAGUUUGUAUACGUGACAAUGGGUUUUAAUUGACGGAUAUGAUUAAAAUAUUUAACAUACGUUAUGUAUCGAUUAUAUUAAUUCAAUAUAUUGUAUACAUUAAACAACUGACAGUUGAAUCUAUAUUUAAAUCGACAAGUACUUAUUCAAAGAUUAAAGAGAUUCUUAUAUAAUUUUUUAAAGGUCCUACUCUAGUAAUCAAGUGAUAUUUUUAUCUGCUACGUGCAAAACAAUACAUUGUCUUGAACGAAUUUAAAAAUUCGUUUAAGAUAAACAUUUAAAAGCUCAUUACGAAUUCGCACAUCAUUAUAUUUUGCUUCGUCACUCUUUGCUUUAUUGUUAAACUCGAUUUUUAAACGUUGACUCUGCCUGCAUUACAUCAAGCAGAAGACUUACAAACUUUUAUUUUAAUAUCUUUCUGAGACGUUUAUAAAAAUAUAAAAAUGUUAGAAAAGAUACAAAUGAGAAUAUACAAUACAUAAUUAGAAAACAUGUUGUCUCUUACUAAUUCAGAAUCGUGUAAUUCUGCUGAAGUAUAUAACAUUCACAUUGUGUCAAUUUUGAAUAUUUCAAUUUCGGACAAGUAAACUAGAUUAGGACCUUAACUUUUAGUUAAUCAGCUAAUAGUAUCGCAUUUGAAAUACACGCGAAUGUAUGUGUGCGAAAUGUGUGUACGAGUUCGUUUUUCGCACCACGAGUCAAAAUGUUUUUUUCCACAAGAGAUAAUUGGUUUCCUACAUUAUUUUCGAAUAUUUUUGCUUCUAACAUAAUUCAAUGUGUUUGACAGUAAAAAAAUAGGAUGUUUAAAUCUUAUUGUUCUUAUCUUUUUACGCUAGUUAUUACUUUUUACACACGAAACUAUAUCUAUUUUUAAACUUUUUUUUACAAACUAAAUUAAUUCUAUUAAAUUUUAAUUUAUUGCAACAGUUUCACUCAAACUUCAGGAUUUAGUACUAAUAUAAAUUUAUUUUAAAUUCUUACCUUAUGAUUUAAAUCACAUUACCAUGUAUAUAAUUGCGGUCAAUGAUAAAAAACAACUAUGUGAUCGUGUGUGUGAAGAUGAUGCUUUGUUAUCGUGCGCGUGUUAUUAUGAUUAAAAAGAAUGUGAGAGAAGAUUGUUCAAAAUACUAAUCAUACAUUAUUGACUUUGUUUCAGACUUAGAAAAAGUGAUGAAACAAAAAAAAAAGAAUCAAUCUUGGAAUUAUUAAUUAUGCUAAGCUUAGUUAUUUUUUUAGUGAUUAGUGAUAUCUCAUGCAGUUAUGUUUGAAUUAUAAAUGAGAUGUAAUUUCAUUAACUUUACCACGCGGUUCUCUUUAUAGUUUGUACUUAAGAAUAGAUUAUCGAAAUGUGACAAAUCCUGUGCGGUUUAUUGUUUAUUGUUUUCUCUCGAUGUCGAUGCACUUCUUUGUUGUAUCCUUUUUUAUAGAAUAUAAUAAACGUAUUUUAUUUCGAUAAAAUUUA